CUUAUAGUAACAUUCAUAGAUUAGAAGCUGUCACAAAUUUAAUUUAAUAGUAUAAUUAGUGCCCUUUUGGUCAAGGAAGUCUUCUCCCUGCAGCUGGAGCCUACAUGUCCUUCAGCCAAAGAUAAGUUUUCCUGGACUACCGUGUUUUUAAAUUACCUUCAUCAUGAUUGUGAAACGAUGAUUGUUCACUGUGAUCUAAAGCCUACCAAUGUUCUUCUCGAUGAUGAAAUGGUCGCACAUGUCAGUGAUUUUGGAUUGUCUAGGCUUGUAUCUAGCCACUCACGCAAUAUGGAAACGUGUCAUACAAAUUCCUCAUCGAUCAAGGGAACAAUAGGUUAUGUCGCCCCAGAAUAUGGCAUGGGAGGGGUAGCGUCUCCAGAAGGAGAUAUUUACAGCUAUGGGAUUUUGCUCCUGGAGAUGAUCACCGGAAGGAGACCAACAGAUGGCAUGUUUCACAACGGCUUAAGCCUUCACAGUUUCUGUAAGACGGCACUACUGGAACAGUUCAAGGAGAUUCUUGAUUUUCGCUUGCUUGAACAAAUGGGUGAAGACAUGGAGAGAAUAAGUAGUCAACAGGAAGCAAAGAUAUUGGAGUGUUUGGUUUCUUUCACCAAGAUCGGAGUCGCAUGCUCCGCAGAAGUACCUGCUGAAAGAAUGAGAAUCAAAGACGCUAUCACAGAGCUAGAAGCAACCAAGGCAACGUUGAUCCACAGUACGGGACAAAUGUAGGCCAAAUCAGCAGGUGAAUUGAAAUUAUGUUUUCUCGAUGUUUAAUCGUCUUUGUUUUGUACCAAUAACUGAUAUUUAAGCUUUCUUUUCAUAUGAACUGGAUUGUCUGUAGAACUUUAGGAAGAAUUGGCAAAGUUAGAUAUGGUUAUGGUCUGAAUUUCAUAUCUUAGCAAAACCCAAGUCAGCAAACACUGUUUGAGGGUAGAACAUGAUUUUACAGACAGUCCUCGAUGAGUGAAGAUCUAAUUUCUUCUACAAACAUGGACAGAGCAGUAAACCUGACCUU